AUGCCGUCGGAUGCAAAGAAACGAGCACAACAAAAGAAAAAGGAACAAGCGAGCAACCGGAACAAAAAGCCUGUCGCAAGAGUAACGGCGGAGGAAAAUGGAUCUGCGACCAACGGCACAGCGCCCGGGGAUCGAGAAUUGACUGCUGAAGAGGCAUUAUGCUUGAAAUUGGAAGCCGAAGCUAAAAUGAAUUCAGAAGCACGUUCAUGUACUGGGACUUUGGCAGUUCAUCCACGCUCUAGAGACAUAAAGAUUGCUAACUUCUCCAUCACAUUUUAUGGCAGUGAAUUGCUACAAGAUACUCUUCUGGAGUUGAACUGUGGAAGAAGAUAUGGCCUUGUUGGAUUAAAUGGAUGUGGUAAGUCGUCGCUGCUUUCGGCUCUUGGACGUCGUGAAGUGCCUAUUCCUCAACAUAUCGACAUAUUUCACCUGACGCGAGAGAUGCCCGCCUCAGAUAAAACUGCUCUACAGUGUGUCAUGGAGGUGGACGAGGAAAGGAUUCAACUUGAGAAAUUGGCAGAGGAAUUAGCACAUUGUGAAGAUGAUGAAUCACAAGAACAAUUAAUGGAUGUUUAUGACCGUUUGGAGGACCUGAGUGCCGAUACGGCCGAGGCACGUGCUGCACACAUUUUACAUGGUCUUGGAUUUACUAAGGAGAUGCAACAAAAGGCCACCAAGGACUUCUCUGGAGGUUGGCGGAUGCGAAUUGCAUUAGCUCGCGCUCUAUACGUGAAGCCACAUCUUCUACUACUGGAUGAGCCGACUAAUCAUCUUGAUUUAGAUGCCUGUGUAUGGCUUGAAGAGGAAUUGAAACAAUAUAAACGCAUUCUGGUGUUGAUAUCUCACUCACAGGACUUUCUCAACGGCGUUUGCACCAAUAUUAUUCACAUGAGCAAGCGCCGUCUCAAAUAUUACACAGGAAAUUAUGAGGCGUUCGUACGUACCCGAAUGGAAUUACUCGAGAAUCAAAUGAAACAAUACAACUGGGAGCAAGAUCAAAUUGCUCAUAUGAAGAACUACAUCAGCAGAUUCGGUCACGGUUCAGCGAAGCUUGCUCGUCAGGCUCAAUCAAAAGAGAAGACUUUGGCCAAAAUGGUUGCACAAGGUCUAACCGAGAAAGUGGUUGAUGACAAAAUCUUAAACUUUUACUUCCCCUCCUGCGGGAAGGUACCCCCGCCCGUUAUCAUGGUGCAGAAUGUAUCAUUUAGGUAUACAGAUAACGGACCCUGGAUUUAUAAGAACUUGGAGUUUGGUAUUGAUCUAGAUACUAGAAUCGCUCUUGUCGGCCCUAACGGAGCUGGCAAGUCAACUCUACUGAAAUUACUUUAUGGAGAUUUGGUGCCAUCUACAGGAAUGAUACGUAAAAACUCUCACUUGCGGAUUGGACGCUACCACCAACACUUGCAUGAGUUACUGGAUCUAGAUCUUUCCCCACUGGACUACAUGCUUAAAGAGUUCCCCGAAGUACGCGAGCGAGAAGAGAUGAGGAAGAUAAUAGGAAGAUAUGGACUUACUGGUCGACAACAGGUUUGUCCAAUGCGUCAGCUCUCCGAUGGUCAACGUUGCCGGGUGGUGUUUGCUUGGUUGGCGUGGCAGACGCCUCAUCUUUUGCUACUGGACGAGCCUACUAACCACCUGGACAUGGAAACCAUAGACGCACUUGCCGACGCAAUCAACGAAUUUGACGGUGGCAUGGUGCUUGUCAGUCACGACUUCAGGCUCAUCAAUCAGGUAGCAGAAGAGAUUUGGAUUUGCGAAAAUUCCACCGUAACCAAAUGGAACGGCGGUAUCCUGAAGUACAAGGACCAUCUCAAGUCGAAGAUUUUGAAGGAGAACGCUGACAACGCAGCGAAAAUACGCAAAUAA